ACGACAAUUUGCCAUAGCCUACAAGCUUUAGUCUACUGUUUAAUUAUCCUAAAAUAGCUAUGAUUUAACAAAAACCCCAAAUGAACUUGAACCACAUCCUGGGUUUAACAAAUCUAUUCAAAUAUGCAGUAGGCUAUCUCCAGUUGAAAUGAUCUGAGCAGUUCAUAUAUUCAUUACACAAACACAAUCCUUUUCUUCUGAAUUAAUGCGUGAAACGUUCUUGGACUAUGUGUGUAAAGGUAGUUAAUUUUGGUGGCAGGUAAUAUUUUUUCUUCAUUUAAGCCUUGCAGUUCUCUCAUGCUGUGACCCAAGGUUGACAGUAACAGUUGAAACUAGACACCAGCUCCACCUUCGAGCUCAUAUUAUCAUAUUCGCUUGAACGUACUGUACCCUCAUAUCUGUUACAACACAUUUUUCGAACUUGUGACUGUCCCACUGCAGGGCAACAUGAAUCUGGAGGACUACUUUGAGAGGAUUGGUUUCAAUGGUCCUUCUGACAAAGCAGAUCUGGAAACCCUAAAAAAUGUCCACAGGCAACAUGUCCUCUCAAUCCCAUUUGAAAACCUCAGCAUUCACUGUGGAGAGCGGAUUACCAUGGACCUGGAGUCCGUCUACACCAAGAUUGUGAAGAAUAAUCGAGGGGGUUGGUGCUGUGAAAACAACCAGCUCUUUGCCUGGGUACUGAAAGAGAUGGGCUACACCUACAUGACACUGGGUUCAAGAGUGUUCAACGGUUUAAAAAAUGAAUUUAGCCCAUUGGAUUCUCAUCUCAUCAACAAGGUCCUAAUCGAUGGAAAUUCAUACAUAGCAGACGUGAGCUUUGGGGUGUCUUUUCAAAUACGCCACCCUCUUGAACUUGUCUCAGGAAAAGAUCAACCACAGCUCGCUGGUGUCUUCCGCCUUGUGGAGAAUAGUGGUGUGUGGGUCUUGGAGAAAACGGGAAGAAAGCCCUUUAUCCCUAAUGAGAGAUUUGCCAAUUCAAGUCUUAUAAACAAAAGCUUAACUAGGCAAAUAUACUCCUUCACUCUAACACCACGGGGCAUUGACCACUUCCAGGAAACCACUCAAUUCCUUCAGACCUCACCAGAGUCUCUAUUCACAAACAAAACUAUCUGCUCCUUGCAGACACCCACUGGAUUUAAGGCACUCGUUGGCUGGACAUAUAGUGAGGUCACCUUCAACUACCAGGAUGGGGUUGAUCUGCUUGAUAUGAAGGAUAUAGCCGAUGAUGAAAUAGAAAAAGUAUUAAAGGAAGAAUUUUCCCUGACAUUAAAGAGUAAACAUACUCCCAAAAACAUGAAAGGCUGCUACACACUUUAGCCCAAAUCACCACAUCAGGUUGCAGCGAAAUUUGCUCAUACUCUUACAUUAUGACUCUUAUUUUAAUGCAAGACUAACCGUCCACAUGAACACUUCAUACACAGAGCAUUGUAUGAGAUGUACUAAGAUAGCCUCCGUUGUCAUUUGUGGACAGGGGCACAAGCUACAUUGUACCAAGGAAAGGACAUGAAGGGGUGAGGGUGGGCAUGGAGUGGUUUAGAAUGGGUUUAUAAUUUCUAAUAUAUUCAUAGGUCAUAAUCUCCUGGCAUUAAUUAAUUCACUAUACUUCAUAGAGUUCAUUUUAAGAUGGAUCAGUAUCAACAUAUAUAUUGUGAUUUACUAAGCCUUUACUUAUUUACAAAUGUAAUGCAUAUGUGCCUUAAUCAAACAAUAAAUGGUCAGUUUUGUUUCAAAUGUACAAA